AUGGCCGUUGACAAGGCAGACUCUACAAUCAAGACUGUGGCAUUAUGCGGGGCCUCUGGCUUCGUCGGUCAAGCCAUCUUGAAGGCGCUGUCCGAGUCUGGCCGCUUCGAUGUGACAGUUCUCACUCGCUCAGUCCAUAGCAAUGGCAAUGGCCACGUCGAAAAUGACCGUGUCAAGUACAAACAAGUCGACUAUGAUUCGGUCGACAGCCUCACCGACGCCCUCCGUGCCCAAGACGCAGUGGUUUCGGCCAUUGGCAAAGGAGACACGGCACGCAUCCAGCACAAUCUGAUUGACGCUGCAGUGGCUGCUGGCGUCAAGCAUUUCAUCCCUUCGGAAUUUGGGGCAGAUUUGAAAAACACAAAGAUAUCCGCGUUUCCGAUAUACAAGGGCAAAGUGGCCCUGGAAGCAUAUCUGGAGGAAGCAGCAUCCAAGAGUCGAUUGAUAUACACGUAUAUAUACAACAACGUGAUCCUCGAUUUUGGUCUUCGAGUCGGUUCCAUCCUCGACUUCAAAACCAACACAAUUCGCAUCUACGACGGCGGCGCCCACAAAUUUUCCACCUCAACCUUGUCGGCCAUUAGCCAUGCAGUUGUCCAGAUCCUGCUGCAACCUGAAAAGUUCAGCAAUCGACCUGUUCGGAUUAGCGAGGUUGCCAUUUCCCAGAAACGUCUGUUGGAAAUCGCAAAGAAACUCGAGCCAAGCAAGGAAUGGACUGCCAUCUCAGUCGACUCGGCCCAGCUGGUCCAAGACGUCCAAGAAGAAGCGGCCAAGGGCAUUUUCAGCCUGCGGGUGUUCAACGCCUACGCAAUCCGCGGGGCCUUUGCACCGGAUUUCGGUUGCCUGUAUGAGAACAACGACAACAAGGCACUCGGCAUCUCCGAAUUGACCGAACCCGAACUGGACCAAUACUUGGCGAGAUUCGUUCGUCAAUGA